GGAAGAGGCAUCACACCAGGGUGGUGUUUCGCACCGUGGAUUGUUGUGUCUCAAUCAUGAUACCACCGCCAUCACCACCAUCGCCGACGGAAUACUAAGGCACCACUGACUGGUCUGGGUGCAACUUAGUCACCCCCAUGCGCGUGCUCUAUGGAAACCGAAUCUGGUCCGACUGACUGCCAUCGUCAAGCCGCAAGUUCCAAGUUGGAUUUAAACUAUCGAAGCGGAGUGGUCGGGGAGGGAGUUUCGACGCUUGCCAGUUUCGACGGGCUUGAAGACAUGCCACGUACGGAUUCGGAUGGCACGGUUGUUCUGUGGGAGAGUGCAGGCAGUCAGUCAGUCCUGCAAGGAGGCUCACGAGGUCAACAUCGUCUGCGCCGUCUUCGUACUGCGCCCCUAGACAGACAACCAGGGAUGGAAGGCUGGUCAGGUUAUGACGCAAUUGAGUCGGGGCCAGCACGACCGGCCCUGCAAUUACCGCUAAUGAGGCUCGAUGCGAGAUGCGGUGCUCUCGGCACGUGGUGGGAUCGUGAUCAAAGACGUGUCGUUUCGUCGUCGUCCUUGCGCAAGGGCACAUGGCUGUUCGGCUUCUGCUCAAUUUCCAGGCAUAGUCAGUACCCAGGCAUGUUUCUUUCGGAACACCAUUGCCCCCUCCCCGAGCCGUUCCACAGUCCAUGGGAGCGCCAACCCGCGUGGGUCGCGACAGGAGGUGCCCCACGGCUCUUCAGACAACGCCAGCCCAGAUGGCCGGGACAAGCAGAAAGGUGGGAUGCUAUUCUCGAAAGCAAACCCGGUAUUCUGGCGUCGAAGCUGCGCCGAUCAAGCUCCGAACGCUACUACUACUACUACUACUACAUGGGACCUUUUUUCUUUCGCGAGGCGGGUAAACCCUGAUUUACCUCGCCGUGCGGUGCAUAGGGUCUUGGAGUAUAUCUCCCUCCCUCUGCUGUCACUUUUACCGGCUUACGGGAUCUCUGGGCAGCAGGUGUGGGUAGAAGAGCUGGCGUGUACCUCGCCGCGCAAUAUGGACUGCGUCGAGACCUCUCUCGGUUGCGGCAAGGGCUUG